CCGACUCUCAAAUUCCAAGUGGCAAUAGUUCAAAAAUGCAUGCGGCUGCUGUGUGCACACAAAUGACGAAGGUGCGUGCAAGUGCCGCUGCAGUGGCGGCCUUGGCGCACAACAAAGGACAACAACAAUUACAGCAGCAGAAGCAACAAGUGGGCAACAACAAUUUAAGUGCAAUUAUGGCACAACUACAAGUGGAUUUUGGUAAUUAUAAAUACACAGUGUAUCGUUGUGCCAGCAAAUUCGUAGCACUGCAGAAAAUCUUUCACACCAGCAAAAUACCCUAUAAGUUGGUGUUGGCCAUUUUGGAACGCCAUGGCAUGCCUGCCGGCAAUGGCAACCUGCAGCUGAUGGUGCCUCCAUUCCAGUUGACUUCGCUGCUGCACGACAUCUACUUUGCCUGCGAGAAGUUGGGACAUUUCUCCAAGGCAUGCGACUAUCAACUGGAUACCUCCACCUCACUGCUGGCAAACUUCUUUUGGAACAUUUACGAUCCGCAACGUCGACACUCGAUUUCGCUGUUGGAGAUCAAAGUUACUUUCCUGCUGCUUUGCAAGCUAUAUAGUAGUGAGCAUUUGGUGGCCGACUUCUAUGCUCUGCUUGCAGAUCCCAAGUCUCAGAGCGUAUCGCGUUAUGUGUUCGAACUGCUGCUGAAUACGCUGAGCAAGCUGCUUGGCUAUUUGGGCGAGGCGAAGGCCUAUGGAUCCCACAAUGUGUUGCAAAUGAUGGAGCAGUGCUUUGCCCGCUGCCACCACAGCGCUGGCCUCAACGAGUAUCAAUUCCACAAUCUGUGGACUCAAACCCAGACACGCUUCCUCAUUUAUGCCAAUCUGUUGGCGCUGAUUAAACGAAUCGAGGACACUCAGCAUUUAAUACACAGCAAUCAGUGUGCCGGUUGCCGAAUAGAACAAAUUAUUGGCAUCCGCUUCCGGUGCCAGGUGUGUCGCGAUUUUUCGCUGUGCCUGCCCUGCUUCGCCACCGGCUUUGUGAACAGCAAGCACCAGCGAACUCAUCGCAUGUGCGAGGUCUUUGCGGAGGACCAGCCCCCUAAACGUUGGACAUACUGCCUGGCACGUCUCUGUGGCUGGCUGUCCUUUACGCAGAAGACACAACGUGCCGAGGCCGAGGAGGAAGAGCGUCGUGGAUUUUGCAAUGCCCAUGAAAGUGGCGCUGCCUUAGGCGCUGUUGGCUCCCCUGGUCCCGCAGGCACAGAGCUGGCGCCCAUUCCCGUUGAGUCGCCCAGCAUUCGUAGCGAUACCACAUUGCGUCUAAAAGAGACGCCUCUGCAACAGCAGCUAGAGCAGCAACAGCAGCAGGAGAAACUGCCACAACAGAAGAUCCAACAACAACAGCUGCAGCAGCAACAGGAACUAUGCUCUCUAACCGGUCUAGCCACCACAGCCAGCAAUGCCUCGGAACGCUUGCAGUCCAUUAUUGAUCGACUGCUGCAGCAAAAUGUCAAAUUGGAAAUGCAACUUAAAUUGUUGUCCACAACAUCCAGCGCACAAAUCUCUGAAUUUCUAAGUGCCCAUCAAACAUUUUUGCUGCAAAUUAUUGAGGACAUGCGUCAGUUGUCGCGCGUCUCGAAUGCAGUUGUGCCCCAGAUGAGUUCCACUUUUCUUACGGCAAGCACACCACAUCGCUUUGUAGUGUCUGCUCCCAUACAGCCUCAGACAAUGCCUUGUCCCACCACUAACAUUUACGAUGUCUACGCACCCGUUGGCGCCAAUCUAUCGCAUUCCAUAAAUGGCGCCGACUUGAAUCGCAGCUACCUAGAGGCCAACAAAUCGGACUAUUCGCUGAACGAUCUCAGUUUAUGGUUCGAUCAGCGUAGGUCUAGCCUCAAUCAGGGUCCCAGCUCGCUGCCCGCCCCUCUAUCGUUGCCCAUAACGCUCGACACUCUAAUGGAACAGUCGCAUUCCCUCGAUAUGCGAGAUACCGAAAUGACAAACUUUAAGCUACUGCUGCACAAAGUUAAGGAAAUUGUCGAGGACUCUUACAGUGACAAUGCCGAGUUGUCGGCAGCCACCCAAAACCUGGAAAAUGUGCUGGACAGCAUCAUUAAGAGCGAGGAGCAGCAGCGACGCUGCAGCACAUAGUCUAUCGGCAUAUUUAAAAUAUUUCUAAAGCCUUCCAAUCACUAAGUGCUAGUGUAAAAAUUACGGUUAAGCAUUUCAAAAUGAGAGCAGUGUCAUUUAUGGCAGAUAUUUUUAUGUUUGACUUGAUUAUUCGUAUAUUUAAUGACUUAUGUAUAUGUGUGGCGGACAAUUCGCAGCUAACGUCGCAGGUCUAUGAGACCGAAACGAUUUGGUUCUCUUGAAUUUCAUAUUCCAAUAGUAUUGUAUGUUCCCAAAAUGAUUGAAUAAUUUCUUCGAUUAGUUCGUAUGAAACUAAACCUCUACUGUAUUCAUUUUUUUAAGCCUUACGACACAUAAACAAAUAAAUGUGUAAAUAUAUUAA